CACUUGAUGCAAGUUUAUACAUUUCUUGAGCGGUGUAACACAGGCGCGCAACAAAACGCACCACGGGCUCUGUUGCUCUUUGUCACAACUGGAUCUAAACUCAGUCACCUACCUACCCUCCGCGCAGCCACCGGCAAUACAGAAAGAUAUUAGUAUUUUCCCAGGAAGAUUUUAAUUCCACCACACUCGUCUGUGACUGAGAAAUGAAUCAUAAAGCCCUUUUACUGUGGAUUUCCCUACAGUGUGCUUUUACGCUUUUCUCUUCGGCUACUGGGGAAAACGCUGUUCCUAUAGGUGAAGAAGGUGGAAAAGAUGAACAGCCAACUGACAGCAAGGUUCUUGAUAGCUCCGUCAAGUACAACAUGAGGAAGAGUUUAGAUUUUGACCAUGAAGGCUGCUACCUGCAGACUGGCAAGACGGAACGUCUGGAGGAGUGUGGCUUUAACGCCACAGCCAAGACAAUCUUCAUCAUCCAUGGCUGGACGAUGAGUGGGAUGUUUGAAAGCUGGAUGCACAAGCUGGUGUCUGCUGUGAUGCAGCGGGAAAAUGAAGCCAAUGUGGUUGUUGUUGAUUGGAUAUCCCUGGCUCAGCAGCUUUACCCGGAUGCAGUCAAUCACACCCAUGAUGUCGGCCUCCACAUUGCUAGCAUGCUCAACUGGCUUAAGGAUGAGCAGCAGCUGCCUCUGGAUAAAGUACAUCUGAUUGGCUACAGUUUAGGCGCUCAUGUAGCUGGAUAUGCAGGGAAAUUCGUACGAGGUUCCAUCGGCAGAAUCACUGGUCUAGACCCAGCAGGACCAAUGUUUGAGGGUGCUGAGGCACAGAAGCGCCUCUCCUCUGAUGAUGCCGACUUUGUGGACGUUCUGCACACAUACACUCGUGAGGCUUUGGGUGUAAGCAUUGGGAUUCAGGGGGCAAUUGGAGACAUUGACAUCUACCCCAAUGGUGGAGAAGUGCAGCCCGGCUGUGCCCUGGGUGACGUCCUGGCAGUUGCUGGAAAUUUCAUGGAGGUGAUGAAGUGCGAGCAUGAGCGUGCUGUGCACUUGUUCGUGGACUCCUUGAUGAGCAAGGACCACAUGAGCUUUGCCUACCAGUGCACCGGCCCUGAUCGCUUCAAAAAGGGCAUCUGCCUCAGUUGCCGCAAAAAUCGCUGCAACAACAUCGGCUACAACACCAGAAACUUGCGCAAGAGGCGCAGCGUUAAAAUGUAUCUGAAGACAAAUGCUGACACUCCCUUUGGAGGCUACCACUACCAGAUGAAGAUGCACGUGUUCAACAGAAAACAGGCAGACAAUGCCGAUCCCACUUUCCAUGUCAAGUUGUAUGGAGCCCAUAAUGAUACAACAAAUAUAUUUGUUGAUGUCCAUGAUGAGAUCAUUGGUCUGAACCAGACCAACACCUUCUUGGUGUUUACUGAGAAGGAUAUUGGUGACCUGCUGAAGAUCCGCCUCAGCUGGGAAGGAGAUUCUGAAUCCUGGAACUCUGUCUGGAAGAGCCUUAAGAAGAAUAUCUGGGCGUGGAAUGUCAAAGCUCCCAAACCUGUGCUGGAAGUCCGGCGUAUUCGUGUAAAAGCUGGGGAAACACAGAAAAAGUUUACAUUCUGUGCCGAAGAUCCUGAAAAAACCCACAUUUCACCGGGGGACUCUAUCACUUUAGUGAAAUGUCGUGAUGGCUGGGAAGUGAAGCCAAGAAAAAGGCUUCUCAUGUAACAACUUAGCACCUCCAACAACCAACGCACCAUCACCAUGGGAGACCCAACAUGGAAACGCCGGAAACACGGCCUUCUCUUUAUUUGAGCACUUUUCUAGGAGGAAGAUUGAUCGUGGCACAGUGGGAGGAGCUAGACUGGACUCUAACUGCGCCUGGAAGGUUUCUAUUGGUUUCUGAAGACAAGGACUCCGGGUUAUGGCCAGCACAUACGAGAUGGCUGAAAACAAUGCGUAGGCUGGAAGCAAGGAGCAGUUCUAAAUGUGUUUCAGAAAGUUACUUUGUGACUAGUGACGUAGAAUACAGACCUGUGCCAGUGGACAAACACCAGCAAAUAGUUACUGUAUUGUACAUUUUUAAAUAUUUUUUAUUUAUGAGAAAAAUGGAAGCACUGCAAGACCAACGUAAUUUAUCAGAGAACAUCCCAUAAUGAAGCAUAUGUUCAAUGCAUUUCUCCUGGAUGCAGUAUUUGUGUGUUUGUUUGUGUGCAUUAAUGUUGUUUGUGUCUGUUGUGACCAAGAAGUGUGCCUUUCUGCUGAGAGAUUACUGAUACACUGUAUAACUGAUGGAGAUAUCUUAUCUCAUUGCACACGAUCUGAGGUUUUGUCGAUAGUGCUAUUGUUACUGUAUGUGUCCUUUCUUUUAGGGGGGGGGGGGGGGGUUAUGUACAUAAUGUAAAUAACCUUUU